AGGACCGGGAAUGCCAUCACAUCAGACUCAUUACAUUCGUUCGGAGGGUAGUUCCAGAUAUUUUCCAUUUUUGUCUGUGAAUACAUGAAUACAUACUGUUCGAUUGAAACGUUUAAAAGUAAAUUUUGUGAAAUUGUAUUGUCCAAGACCAGUUACGUAUAAAAAACAACGAUAACCAUAUUGAAACAUUUCAUAGUCGCGGAAAAAUUCAAUCUAAAUUACUAAACAAGUGAGGCCGAUCCAAAUAACGAAAGAAAUUUUACCUUUGCAAACUAGUAAAUAUAGAAAAUUAAAAAAAAAACCAACAGCUGUUUACGUGAGAUAAGAAAGUUGCGUGAAUUAGCAUAGCUACCAUCUGCAACAACAAAAACAUGAGCACGCAUUCGGGUGAUGCUAAAUUAGACGAACAGAUAGAACUGUGGCUAAAAUGGGACCGCAAUGAAAAGACACUGAAUGAAAUCAAACAAUUGAUAGCAGCAAGCGAUUGGGAUCAACUGAAAAAGAGACUUCUAGAACGUUUGGCUUUCGGCACUGCUGGCUUGAGAGGAUGUAUGCGUGCCGGUUUCGAUUCAAUGAACGAUUUAGUUAUUGUUCAAACUGCUCAAGGAUUAUGCGAAUACAUCAAAAAACAGUACAAACCUGAAGAAUACCAAAGAGGCGUGGUAUUUGGUUACGAUGGCCGAUACAAUAGCAAACGCUUUGCAGAGUUAUCGUCCACAAUAUUUGUUCAGAAUGGAAUCCGGGUUUUUCUUUACGGUCGCAUGGUGGCCACGCCAUUUGUGCCUUUCGCAAUAUCACAGAAGAAAUGCUUGGCAGGAGUUAUGGUUACGGCCUCCCAUAAUCCCAAAGAAGACAAUGGUUACAAGGUUUAUUGGGGCAAUGGAGCACAGAUAAUAUCACCGCAUGACAAAGGUAUACAACAAUGCAUUCUGGAAAAUCUGGAGCCAUUAGAAAACUCUUGGGAUACCAGCUUCUUAAAUGGUUGCUCCAUAUUGGAGGAUCCCUAUAAGGAAAUGUUUGAGUCCUAUUAUAAAACUUUGCUGGAUCAUAUACCACAAGAUUUUCUGCAAAUCAAUAAAAAGCACCGUGAUAUGGGGGAAUUAAAAUUUGUUUACACAGCCAUGCAUGGCGUUGGAUGGCCUUAUGUCGAGAAAGCAUUUUCAGAAGCAUGUUUGCCGUUGCUACUGCCAGUUGAAGAGCAAAAGGAGGCUGAUCCAGAUUUCCCAACAGUUAAAUUCCCCAACCCUGAGGAAGGAAAAAGCUCUUUGGAAUUGUCCAUUAAGAAGGCAGAAGCUGAAGGAGUGUCUAUUAUACUAGCUAAUGAUCCAGACGCUGACCGCUUGGCCUGUGCCGAGAAGGAUCCAAAAACUGGAUUAUGGAAGGUAUUCAAUGGCAACGAAUUGGGCGCCCUCAUUGGUUGGUGGUCUGUACAAAACUAUAAGGCGUUGCACCCUAAUGUUGAUCUUGCCGAUUGCUAUCUUCUGGCCAGUACAGUUAGUUCGAAAAUUUUGCGUUCCAUGGGAGAUGUCGAUGGCUACAAGUUUGUUGAAACAUUGACGGGAUUCAAAUGGAUGGGAAAUGAGGCUAUACAACUGUUAAAUAAGGGCAAACAAGUGCUGUUUGCUUUUGAGGAAGCCAUAGGAUUUAUGUUCUCUACCUCUGUUCUAGAUAAGGAUGGUGUUAGCGCUGCCACUCAUCUUGCCACAAUGACAUGCUACCUCAGAGAAACACAAGGAAUCACCCUCAACGAAAAACUACGCCAAAUCUAUGAAACAUAUGGAUAUCAUUGCACAAACUGUUCGUACCUAUUUUGUGAUAAAGCUCCCGUAAUUAAAAGAAUCUUCGAACGCCUACGUAAUUUCCAAAAUGGCAAACCAAAUACUUAUCCCGAAUCUAUACUAAAUGGUGAAUUUGCUAUCAAGCAUGUGAGAGACUUAACAACGGGCGUAGACACUUCCCAACCGGAUGGUAAGGCAACUUUACCAGUCAGUUCCAGUACACAAAUGAUAACGUUCUCUUUUGAAAAUGGCUUGGUCAUUACUUUGCGUACCAGUGGAACCGAGCCAAAAAUAAAAUACUAUGCUGAAUUGUGUGCCAAGCCAGAGGAAAAGGAUUGGCCAAGUUUAAGGGACACCUUGAAUCGCAUGGUUGAGGCUAUUGUAGAAGAGUUUCUACAACCUACCCUAAAUGAUUUGAAACCGAAAAGUGAUUGAAUUGAAACGUAAUUGUCUUUGGUCGUUAUUCAA